AUGCACACAACAGGACACGAGAGGGUGGAAGAGGGCAGGACGAAAGAGGAAAUGGCGAGCAGAUCCCACGCGACGACGACCCGCGACGUCGGCGAUGCAAAGUACCGUCUGCCAAUCUGCUCUCUGCUAUCUCCUAUCUACCCCAGACUUGAGGGAUGGAGAUGCACGACGGACGAUGGAAAAGGUGGAGACGCACGACACCGAGAUAAGGCGAACGGCCAAGGCAGGGGAGGAAAAGAGGGGAACCAUGCGCGGCUGUCUCUUGGGAGGUGGUGA